GAUGAGAAUUACUGAUCGGCUGCCUCCUACGGUCCCCACACUUAGGGAUCCAGUCUGCAACCCCCGCAUGUGCUCUGACAGGAAUCCGAGGGUAACCUCCUGGUUCGCAGGUCCACGCGCAACCCUGAGCCACGCCAGCGCGGCUAGAGACGCUGCCUCGGCGGCCGAGCUCAGGUGGCCUUGUGACCACCGAUACUCCCACGUGACUCCUCCUCUCGGGUCUCAGCUGCGCGUGCGCGCGCGCACACGACCUGGGCUUGCUGCUCUCACCGGUGCGCUGAGGGCCCGGCGCACUUUCGCCUGGUGGGUCACCCGCCGCCCGAUGAGCUCAUAGUUGCGUGCGGCGCGGCUGGUGCGCUGCCCCGGCGCCCCGCCCCUGUCCCCACGCCGAAGCGCGCAUCCACUCGGGGAUCCUGACGCCGGUGACGUGCGCCCCCUCUCGGCGAGCGGCGCGGCUCCUCCGGCCAUAUUUCAGCGCCGGGACGGCCCCCGCCCCGCCCCGGGUUCGUGUGGCGUCCGCGGGCCCGGCUGACUCCGGCGCAGAGCGGCUGGGCUUGUCGGCGCAGCAGCUCCAGAGGUCGAGCUGGGCUGAGAGUGCGGGCCGGCCGAGGCCGGCGGGGACGCGGCCGGGGCUAUGCUGGGCAAGGACUACAUGCUGGCCAUAAUUCUGGUCAACUGCGACGAUGACUUGUGGGGGGACCAGAGUCUGGAGGGAGAGCCCGGCCUGCCCCCUGGCUGGAGAAAGAUCCACGAUGCUGCAGGUACUUACUAUUGGCACGUACCAAGCGGCAGCACCCAGUGGCAGCGCCCAACCUGGGAGCCGGGCGAUGCAGAGGACCCAGGCACGAGCUCGGAAGGGAUUUGGGGACUUCGGCCGCCCAAGGGGAGAUCCUUCUCCAGCCUGGAGAGCUCACUGGACCGGAGUAACUCUCUGUCCUGGUAUGGUGAGGAAUCCUACGUCCAGAGCAUGGAACCAGGGGCCAAGUGCUUUGCAGUCCGCUCUCUGGGCUGGGCAGAGGUGCCCGAAGAGGACCUGGUGCCAGGGAAGAGCAGUAUUGCAGUCAGUAACUGCAUCCAGCAGCUGGCCCAGACCCGCAGCCGGAGCCAGCCCCCAGCCGGUGCCUGGGGCGAGGGCCAGAACAUGCUAAUGAUCCUGAAGAAGGAUGCCAUGAGCCUGGUGAAUCCCCUGGACCACAGUCUGAUCCACUGCCAGCCCCUGGUGCACAUCCGUGUGUGGGGUGUGGGCAGCUCCAAGGGCCGUGACAGGGACUUCGCUUUUGUGGCGGGCGACAAAGACAGCUGUAUGCUCAAGUGCCACGUGUUUCGCUGUGAUGUCCCUGCCAAGGCCAUUGCCAGUGCCCUACACGGGCUCUGUGCUCAGAUCUUGUCAGAGCGAGUAGGGGUCAGUGGUGAUUCCCCUUGCUGUUCACUAGACACCAUCUCCCCUGAAGAUCUGCCGAGGCAAGCGGAGCUGCUGGAUGCGGUGAGCCAAGCUGCUCAGAAGUACCAGGCACUGUAUAUGGGGACCCUGCCGGUCACCAAAGCCAUGGGAAUGGACGUGCUGAACGAGGCCAUUGGCGUCCUCACCACCCGCGGGGACCGGGACGCCUGGGUGCCCGCCACGCUCAGUGUGUCCGACUCCUUCAUGACUGCACAUCCCAUCCAGGCAGAGGCUGACGCGGAGGAGGAGCUGCUGUGGCAGUGCCCAGUGCGCCUCGUGACCUUUAUUGGUGUCGGCCGCGACCCACACACUUUCGGCCUCAUUGCUGACCUGGGCCGUCAGAGCUUCCAGUGCGCGGCCUUCUGGUGCCAGCCCCAUGCGGGGGGACUCUCCGAAGCUGUGCAGGCUGCUUGCAUGGUUAUUUCCUGAUAUCUGAGGGCAUUUAAGUAUAGAAUGCUCCCACUCUUUAGUUUACUCACUCACUCCAUAAAUACAUGAAUGCCUGCAGGGACCGUACCUGACCCUGGUAAUUCAGUGGUAUAGAGGGCAUGCACGGCCUUGGGUUGAAGCAGAGACAGACCAGAAAGAAGUUGUACACUACAGGAUAACGGAGGAGAAGGUCCGUUCAGGGGCUCAAGAAGUCUACCUGUAAGAGGUGAUAGGAAGUGGAGAGUUGAAGAUCUAAGGAAGACGUUAGCUAGGUGAGGAGCAGUAGGACAGAAGGCGUGCCACGUACAGGGAACUCCAGCUGUGAAGGUGAGAGAUGUUAGGUAGUGUAUCUGAGAGAGUCUAAUGUAUCUGGGGUGCUCGGUGGGAUGGAGUGACAGAUGGGGGCAGAAAAAAAUGGCAGAAACCGGGACAUGGAAGAACUUAGAGGUCAGGGUGAUGAGUUCGUUUUGCCCGGAGGCAUUCUGAGCCAUUGAAAAGUUUUGAGCAGGACAGUGAAAUCAGGUUUGCAGAUUAGGAAGACCCCAUAGUGUAGGUGAAAGAUUUGGAAGACACAAGAAGUAAGGAAGACUGUUGAGGACCCUGCUGAAUUCAAAUGAGAGAAGAUUGGGGCAUCUACAUGGGGAAUGGAGUUUGAGUGGAAGACCUCCUUGACUAGGGAAUCCACUCUGCUAGGGGCUGGUCUCCUCCAGAGAAAGAGAGAGAGAGAGAGAUAGAGAUAGAGCGAGAGAAAGAGAGAGAGAGAGAGAGAGCGAGCGAGAGAGAGAGAGA